AUGGUUCCUGCGGGACAAACGUUCCACGUUCUCAUUUCACCAACAAAUCUAAUGAGGAGGACUAAAUGUGUCAUGAAACCACGAGCAGCUGUAACUCGGUCGUGGCCUGGAAGCCGGAGCCUCAAACACCGGGUGAAUGUAGAUCUAUCACUGGGGAGGAGCACACACAGAGAAUCCUCUUAACCAGGUAAUCUCUGCAACCAUCUGCUGUUACGGUCAUCCCCCACAUCCAGCCUCCGCCGUUGUCUUGCCAAUUCCCAACUAACUUCUGUCACCCAGCACAAGUGAAGACCAUGCUGCUGUCUACACAGGCAGAGCGGAACUGGGAGGGUCUGUGUUCGGUGCUUGAAGAUGUGUUGGAGGACCAGUCCCACAGGCAGCUGUUCGCCUUGGAGCUGGGCUCUGGAACUGGGCAGCAUGUAAUACGAUUUGCCCAGAAGAUGACAUUUGUCACCUGGCAGCCAUCAGACAUCAAAGAGGAGUCUCGGGACAGUAUCAAGGCAUACAUUGCUGCAACCCACGCAAAGACAAUUCUUCAACCUGUCCACCUGGAUGCCAGCGAGCCGUGGGAGAAAUGGGGAGGCAUUCAGCGCAACUCCUGUGAUGUUAUUGUCGCCAUUAACUUACUGCAAUACAGUUCCUUCAAAACAGCACAGGGUGUUUUCAACGGAGCAGGUCAGAUCCUCAGACAAAAUGGCCUUCUGAUAACAUAUGGGGUGUAUGCCAUUAAUGGCACCAUUACACCAAGUUGUAACGAACACCUGGACGCAGAGCUUCGACAAAUGAAUCCAGAGUGGGGUCUUCCAGACAUCGACGUACUGAGACAGCUGGCCUAUGGGAACGGGAUGCGAAUGGAGAGGAUGAUUGAGAUGGAAGAAUACUACAAAUGCCUCAUCUUCAGGAAACUUUGAAGAAAAAGAAUAAAGCCAAACAGCACAAAAGAGAUUUUAAAAUGUUAUUUGUUUAUAUGGAACACUGUGUUUACAUGAAUAAAGGUUGUCAU